AUGGCUGUCGAAAGUCUUCCAGAAAUAAGCAAAGAAGAAGCCAGUGCAUUUUUAAGGAGACAGAGGCGAAUGAAUUCCGACCCUUCCGCAAUGGACGACACUCUUGCGGAAGAAGCGCAACCUGCGGAUCUUGAGCGAGAAUGCAACGAAGAAACUUGCGACUGGGCCGAGGCUUUUGAAGUGUUCGGCGACCAGGAUCAAACUGAUCACUUCAUGUACACGCGGCUCAAUCAGUGCGAGAUCCUGGAACCAUGCUUUGCGUCGGGAAGUGCGAAUUGCGAGAAUAAGUGGAACAGUUAUUGGUGCCAAUGUUUGAGCGGCUUUUACGGCAAAGAUUGCGAUGUUAAGGAUACAGUAAAUGGCUACAUGUGUCAACGCCCAGAAGGCUGCGAAGGCUUCUUCGGAGCACAAGCAACAACGACAACGAGCACGACAAUAACGACGACAGUGACACUUAUGCCGCCAUAUACUCCAAGCGUUGAGUGCGACACGAUCAACGAUCGUUUUAUUGUGAGAAUGCCGAAAUCAAGUCUUGGCGACUAUUUGCUUGGCUUCGACAUGAUGAGUGCGACCUGUACACAUUCAUUUGAGGAUCAACAGGGCGUCGUUUUUUCAUACAAGUUUACUGAAUGCGAAACGCGAAUGAGAUACGACGAAAACCAACCGACCAAGUUCAUUUAUGAGAAUAACCUAAGCCGAGCACCAGCAUUGACCGGGGGAGUUUACAGAGACUACGGAGAAAUUUAUUUAUUUCGAUGUGUGAUUGAUCGCCUUGGUCGAAUCGACAACAAGUUCGUGAAUGAGACGAGUUGGGAGGUGUCCUCAGAAAUUAUGCCCGUUUAUGUUAUCUCGGACUUUAUGGUAACAGGGAACGGUUCAAAACAUCAGCAAAUCUAA